AUUCAGUCAGUGAGAAAAAGCCCAAAAAUGAAAUACUUGUGGUGUUUUAGUUUGGCAUUCAUUUGCUUACUAGUGAGGGGUGAAGCGAAAAUUAAUCCUGGUGAUGUAUCUUUUAUUUACUACAGUAAACAUCAUCGAAAUGGAUAUUUUUUAAAUCAUGAAUCAGAUCUUCAUAAAGUUUUUAACCGGCAAUUACCCACAAUCGUAUUAGUUCAUGGGUGGCAAGACAACUAUGAAGCCGACUCAAACUCUUUCGUCAGAGAUGCUAUUUUAUUGAAACUUGAUGCUAAUAUCAUUAAAGUAGAUUGGAGCCCUUUAUCUGAAAAAGGUUAUUUCACUGCAAGAGAUGCAGUACCAUUUGUAGGAAGGCUGGCUGCUAAAUUACUUGAUAACAUAUCUAAUAAAUUUGGGUAUUCUUUAAGACGAGUAACCAUGGUUGGUUUCUCUUUAGGAGCUCACGUUUGCGCUACUAUUGGCAAAACCUUGAACGGUAAAAUCGGGGUACUCACAGCUCUAGACCCUGCAGGUCCCUUUAUCAGCCCUACUGAUCGUAAUUAUUGUGUACAUAAAACUGAUGCUCAAUAUGUUCAAGUCAUUCAUACAAAUGGUGGUACUUUAGGAAUGUCAGCACCCAUUGGACACUCGGAUUUCUAUCCAAAUGGAGGUUCCAGACAGCCUGGUUGUGGCUUAGAUCUACUUGGAGGAUGCUCUCAUAACAGAGCAUGGGAAUAUUUUGCGGAAUCUAUUAAUAACAAUACAUUUUUUGCUACUCGAUGUGAUAGUUGGCGUAAUUAUGCAGAUGGAAGCUGCCGUGGUGAAAGGAGGUUAAUGGGUAGUUUGAAAACUGUUGAUGUAUUCGCUAAAGGAACAUUUUAUUUGACGACAAAUAGUGCUCCCCCAUACGGGCAACAUUAAAUGGAUAAUAAUGUAUUUUUUUGAGCAUAGAGCAUUUAUUAAAAUAAAUAUAUAAGUAUAUGUUUUGUUCGGGCAAAGUGAAUUUUCUUUUCUCAGGUUUUUUCUUCUUUGGAUAGCGAAGUACCAAUAUUAAAACAUAGUU